AUGGAGGAAGCACCCCAGGCCCAUUCUGGGGCUAUUCGAAGAGCCUCUGACAUGGAUACCGGAGUCAUCUACUACACUGGAGCCUGUACUGAUCGAUCACGCCAUGUAAAGCAGCAGUCAUUCCAGCAUAUGAGGGGCACCAUAGGCGACAAGCAAAAUGGUAAAGGUGGAAGCAUGGCCACCGAUGUAUCUGUUCAUCUUGAUGAUAAUGCCGACGGCUACUACUGCUGUGGCUGUGGCAUCCGUCGAUCCGACGAGCACCACCGGGUGCGCAAGUUCAAGUCUGGAGAUCCGGCCUGGCGCAACUUUUGUAAGCGAUGCCACGCAAAACAUCUCGUCAAUAGCCGCGGCAAGACUAUGAAGACUUACGCCAACUUUUGUUUCGGCUGUGGAUUUGCACGGUCUUCUCACUUCAACAAGGAGCAUCCCAUCAACCAAGAUCAGAGGCCCGUCAAGAACUUCUGCGCCUAUUGCAUGAAACAAUUCUCCAGAAAGGCGUUGAUUCCAACAGAGACUCUCCUCGGCAGCGUACUUCCUCUCUCUUACCCCAAUAGAUUCUGGAUUCACCUGUGA